AUGCAGGGGAAAAAGGCUGUGCCUGGCGAAGGUACAAAGAGUGAAUUGUGUGUGGAGAAUGUAACACUGGUGCUUAGGGCUCAGGCUAUUCUAAUUUUCUGCUGGGUUUAUGUGCGCAAGUACCAGAGUCGGCGGGAGAGUGAAGUGAUUUCUACCAUAACAGCUAUCUUUGCGCUGGCAGUUGCUCUUAUCUCAUCAGCGCUACUACCAGUGGACAUCUUUUUGGUUUCAUAUAUGAAAAAUCAAAAUGGUACAUUUAAGGACUGGGCUGAUGCUAAUGUUUCAAGACAAAUUGAAGACACUGUACUUUAUGGAUACUACACUUUGUACUCCAUCAUACUGUUCUGCGUCUUUCUGUGGAUUCCCUUUGUCUAUUUCUACUAUGAGGAGAAGGAAGAAGAUGAUGGCAACACAUGCUCACAGGUUAAAACUGCACUCAAAUAUACUCUGGGAUUCAUCACAAUUUGUGCAGUUCUUCUCUUAAUUGGUGCUUUUGUUCCUUUGGAUAUUCCCAACAAGAAGAAUUCCACAGAGUGGGAGAAAGUAAAGCUCCUGUUCGAAGAAUUUGGAAGUAGUCAUGGCUUGACUGCUCUUGCAUUUUCAAUUAGUUCCUUGACUGUGAUUGGAAUGUUGGCAGCUAUCACUUACACAGCUUAUGGCAUGUCAGCUUUGCCUCUAAACUUGAUCAAGGGAACUACCAGUGCAGCAUAUGAACGUUUAGAGAACACUGAAGAUAUUGAAGAAGUGGAGCAACAUUUAUUAAGGAUUAAAUCAAAGUGCAGAGAUGGUCGGCCUCUGUCAUCAAGGGAUAGACGGACUGUACAACAGCUAGAAGAGAGACUAAGGACACUUCGAAGAAGAGAGAGGCAUCUGGAGUCUAUUGAAAAAAGCUGGUGGACAAAGUUCUGUGAAGCUAUCCGACCUCUAAAGAUUGUGUGGGGAGUAUUCUUCAUCAUUGUGGCACUGCUCUUCACUGUCUCUCUGUUUUUGUCAAAUUUGGACAAAGCUCUGCAUUCUGCUGGCUUCGACUCGGGAUUUAUAAUUUUAGGAACUAAUCUGACCAAUCCAUUGAAUAUGCUGUUACCUGUUCUUCAAACAGUUUUUCCACUUGAUUACAUUCUUAUUACAACUAUUGUUAUGUACUUUAUCUUCACUUCAAUGGCAGGGAUUCGAAAUAUGGGUAUAUGGUUCUUCUGGAUAAGGCUUUAUAAAAUCAGACGAGGAAAAACACGACCUCAAGCACUCUUGUUUCUCUGUAUGAUACUUCUGUUGAUAGUUCUUCAUACAAGUUACAUGAUCUACAGUCUUGCCCCUCAGUAUGUAAUGUAUGGAAGCCAAAAAUACCUGGUACAGAGUAAUAAGACAAUUGAUGGCCAGCCAAGGAAUGUAACAACAUUUGUAUCUAAAGACUGUGAUGCAGAUGCACCUGAAGAUCAGUGUAUUGUUACUCGGACGUACCUCUUUCUUCAUAAAUUUUGGUUCUUCAGUGCUGCCUAUUACUUUGGGAACUGGGCAUUCAUUGCAGUCUUUUUAAUUGGAUUAAUUGUUUCAUGCUGCAAAGGCAAGAAAUCAGUCAUUGAAGGUGAAGUGGAUGAAGAUGAUUCAGACAUGAGUGAUGAUGAACUGUCUGUUUAUUACCGUUGAUAGCCUUUUGUCUUCAAGAUGGAAAAAUGUAAUUUAAAGUUACGUUGAAAGUCAUACCCAUGUGGAAUUGGUAUCCAAAUAAGCAUCCUUGCACCUGUAAAAAUAGAGGAAAUAAGUGUACUCACUUAAAGGGGUAAAAAAACUGAAUAUCACUUUUUGAGUGUCACUGUAAUAUCAGAACAAAUAUUGAAGCUGGGUUUGAAUAAUAUAUAAAAAAUAUUGUUUUAUGAUUAAAUGUAUAUGUAACUUUCUGAUGUAUAAUUGAACUAUUUUCACUUUCAUAAUUCCUGAUGGUUUUCUGUUAACUUAGGUUUUCUUAAAUACUUUCAUGCC